AGCAAACAAUCUUUCCCCUAGGUUUAAAGGUCCUGAAAUUUUACUGCUGACACCGGAUUUUGUGGAACAGCAAUCAUGACUGUGGGCAAGAGUAGCAAGAUGCUGCAGCACAUUGACUACAGAAUGAGAUGUAUCCUGCAAGAUGGCCGAAUCUUCAUUGGCACCUUCAAGGCUUUUGACAAGCAUAUGAAUUUGAUCCUCUGUGAUUGUGAUGAGUUCAGGAAGAUCAAGCCAAAGAAUGCAAAACAGCCAGAGCGUGAAGAAAAGCGGGUUUUGGGUCUGGUGUUGCUCCGUGGAGAAAACUUGGUUUCCAUGACUGUGGAGGGGCCACCACCUAAAGAUACUGGCAUAGCUCGAGUACCACUUGCUGGAGCUGCAGGAGGUCCUGGGGUCGGGAGGGCUGCUGGCAGAGGAGUGCCAGCUGGUGUGCCAAUUCCCCAGGCUCCUGCUGGAUUAGCCGGUCCUGUCCGAGGUGUUGGAGGUCCAUCCCAGCAGGUAAUGACUCCGCAGGGAAGAGGCACUGUAGCAGCAGCCGCUGUUGCUGCUACUGCCAGCAUUGCUGGAGCCCCAACCCAGUACCCACCAGGACGGGGGACUCCACCCCCACCUGUUGGCAGAGCAACCCCACCUCCAGGUAUUAUGGCUCCUCCACCUGGUAUGAGACCACCCAUGGGCCCACCGAUUGGGCUUCCCCCUACUCGAGGGACACCAAUAGGUAUGCCCCCUCCCGGAAUGAGACCCCCUCCACCAGGAAUUAGAGGUCCACCUCCCCCCGGCAUGCGCCCACCAAGACCCUAGGAUGUUGUUGAUCCAUACAAGUCCCAUUUUUGCCCUGCAGUACAUCUUGUGAAAUUGUGUAGACUGUUUGUGAGCUUUCUGUCCCCCUUUCUGCAUUAAUAGUAGCUAAUAAUAAAUACAUAGAGCAAUUAAA